AUGCCCGUUAACAUAGAAGUGCGUUUUGAUAAUAACCCUCAAGGGAUCUACUAUGUUGGACAAACUGCUGCCGGAAGUGUGGUGCUGCACCUGGACCAGCCGGAAACUGUUAAAGAGAUUUACUUCAAACUCGAAGGUUUUACGGUGGUCAACUGGUCUGAGCGACGACCCCAUGGUCAACGCCGCCGAUCGAGACAAUUCUGUGGCCGUCGGGAUUACAUGAAUACGAUCACGGCGUUGGCCGGAACGCAACAUGGACCACCGAUAGAAAUUCCAGCCGGCACGCAUGUGUACAAUUUCACUUGUUUGCUUCCGGAAAUGCUUCCGACCUCCUUCGAGGGACGAAACGGACAUAUCCGGUACACAAUUACCGUCGUCAUCGAGCGACCAUCGUUGCAAUCCACCGUUUAUCGGGAAGCUUUUACCGUGCUUAAAAAUGUCAAUCUUAAUGAUACUCCCGCUCUGUGGAAUCCGGUAAAAUUGCGCGAAACCAAAACUUUCGGCUGGUGGGUGUUCAAAUCAGAUCCGUUGGAUAUUACGGUGGAAAUUCCGUACACCGGCUAUGUGCCCGGUCAAAUAAUUCCCGUUCUGAUACAGUGGGAAAACAAUACAAAUAUUUCAAUACACGGAUUCCGCAUCAAACUGUACAAAAUCGAAAAUUGUUCAGCAACGGAACCGUACGAAAAAACCCGCACAGAUUCUCAGAGCAUCGCUAAAAUCGAAAACCGCGAUCUUCACCAGCAGGGAAAGGUUCGAUUCGAACGUGGCAUUCUGAUCCCGGCCACAGCCCCGUCGAUGGCCACUCCUCUGAUAACCGUGACUUAUGAACUAAGAAUUUUCAUACACAUAUCGGGAGGAGACAAUGCCGAGUUCGUUAUACCGGUGGUAAUCGGAACCAUCCCUCUGAUCGGUCCUCCACCGCACACAAGAACUACCUCCGACGGUGGUGACGAUCCUUCCGGAAAUGAUGGUCCUUCGCCACCUGGGUACGGCUUCAAAUUCGGUGCACCAUCACCGUCAGAUGAUGUGCCACCUGGCAAGGGUGCGUCCGGCACACAGCAGAUGACGGAUCAGGGUCCAUCGACGUCUUCCCAGAUGCCCAGUGCCCCCAAUAACAACAACCCAACCCAACAGAUGCAGCAAGAUCUACGUAAGUAA